AUGAUUUUACCUCGAACUAUGGGUGAAUUAUUAUUGAAUAUUAAAAUUAGAAAUUCAUCAAAUCCUGAUAAUUCUGAACCGGAAACCAGAGAAUUAAGUAUUCCUUCAAAUAUCACAUGGAAUAAAUUAGAAAAAGAG